AUGUGUACUUAUGCAGGGGGAAGAGGAACGCCACCGAAAAGCGAGUCCCUUGGGCUAUGGCAUGCGGGAGGACGCGGUCACCAUCUCGCUGGCGGCAGACAGGGCGCUCUUAACAUAGCAGCGUGUCCAUCGGGUUCGCCGGAUGUUCUUACGGUGAAGGUGAAGUCACGCAGCGAGGGAAGCGAGGCAGAGGAAGAGAGACAAGACGCUGGGCUAGAAGCUGGCUGCGGGGAGCUUUUCGUUUUCAGCUAA